AUGAGUACUUCAUCUACUUCAACCGUAAGCAAUAUUAUAAAAAGACAUAGAAUGAAACGGCGAAUCGAAAUGAACAUUUUUAAUAGAAGGACAUACAGUAAGAAGGGUAGUCCUAUCGACGCUCCAAUACCGUCUAUUUCUGCUACUGCCAUACAACCACAAUCUACCACUACCGAGACGCUAUUUUCGAAAGAUAAUCCAAAUCAUAAACCAUUCAUGGCUGGUAUGAUAAUAGCAAUAAUCAUUGCCGUAAUAUUUAUUGGUUAUAUUAUAAAGAAAAUCUUUUCUUACAACACUCGUAAAUGUCCAAGUCCGUUAUUAGAUGCUACAAGUUCGAUGGCGAGUAAUAGUAAUAUCAGUCAUGAAAGUAGCAAUCAUCAUAAUAUUUGUGAUACAUUGUCUUCUAACCCGAUAGAACUCAACACUAACGAUAAUACUGAAAAUUCGGCUAGUGAAGGGAUGUACUAUAAUACCCUAGAAACCUUAGACCAUAUUCCAAAUCCUUGUGCCACGGUAUAUUCAUAUGAGACUUCUAGCUUUGGUGAUGUGGAUGUAGAAUUACCUUCGUCCAAAGUUAAUGUUAAUUGGGAAGAUUGUAUGAAAUAG